UGUGUGAGUUUACCGACCCGGAUGAUUGCGAAACCAAAGUUUUAGGUGUAGGGUUUCGCCUACAUAAUGGUGGCUUCCUAUCUCACGGCCCGUGAUAAUGAAGGCAGGAACCUCUACAGAAAGAUAUAAGACAUCAUAAUGAGGUAUGAGGCUAAAUAUAUCACUGGAUUACACUGGCCGACACAAAGCAGGAAAGUAUUGGACUAUUUAGUGUAAUUAUUGUACAGAAACGAGACGGGACACAUCAAGAGAUCAUUUUGAUCUUCGGCAUAAAAACUAAGACAACAUUCGGACACUGGAACUAUUUUCGUCUGUGGGAUAGGUGCAAUUAUGGAGCUGUCACAAAACGCAAAGGCGUUUUCUAUUCAGUCUUUGAUAGCGACUUCCUCCGAGAUUGACAAAGACGAUCGAGACCGCCGCCAAACGGCUGAAAUCUACAGCCACUCGUCCGGGCUGAAGCCACUAGGUACGGGGUCAGUAGAUACGGAGUCUUAUAACGGCGGCCCCGCCGGCCCCAGUGAAUCCACGCUAUCGGAUUCCACGGAUAAGUCUCUCGUUCACCGAACUGCCUCGCUCUUGCGGGGAAUCUCGAUGCACGACGACGUGGAGGGUGGGUUGGCGGGAGCUCAUCCCCCGUCGUCGCCGCCGGUUGCCCGCCAGGGUUUCCCCUUGACCAAUCUCAAUAUCGUCGGCCAGCGGUCGGUCCGUCCGAAGGUUAGAUGUACGGGCGACUUGUACCCCGACGAAGGGAUCUCCGGCUCGGGCAGCAAGCAGAAGGCAGGGAUCGGCUGGUACCCCGAUGAGAGCCACGGACGUCCCUUGGAACGACGAUUUCUCCUCGGUGCGGACUACAUGCUGACAGAUCUCCCGUGUCCCGUCCAACAUCCCUCCAUCAAAGACGUGGAUCCCACACCGGGAAAAGACGGCAUGGAGUCUGUUGACAUGGAGACCGCUGACCAGCCUAUCUCCAAAUGCGUGGAUGGUAUCCAGGUUACCUUGGAGAACUCCAAACUCUGGAAAAUGUUCAACAAAUGCGGUACCGAAAUGAUCGUUAAUCGUAUCGGGAGACGCAUGUUCCCUUGUGUCGUGAUUACAAUGCUGGGUAUGGACCCCACGACCCUGUAUCGCGUACAGAUGGAACUGGACGCCAGCGAUCGUCGUCGCUACAAGUUCAUCAAUGGCAAGUGGGUGCCAGUAGGCAAGGCAGACGCCGAGCCCCCUAACAAGCUCUUUGAACACCCUGACUCGCCUAGCUUAGGGGCUUUCUGGAUGCAGGACAGAGUAUCCUUCGCUAAACUCAAGAUAACCAACAACAAGGAAACUGGAGGGACAAACACUGUCCUCCAUUCGAUGCACAGAUACACUCCGCGCAUCAUUAUAACCCAGCUCAGAUGUUCAUCGGCCAACGUGAGGGGUAUUGCGGCGCCUUGCUCCGACCCCAACCUGCCGACAGAGGGCGGUGUUCCCCACUACCGUCAGCUGCCGGCUGCUGUUGGCGGCAGCCGCCCAUCAUGCUUCGAAUUUGAGGAGACUGCCUUCAUUGCCGUCACGGCCUACCACAGCGAGCAGAUCACUCAGCUGAAGAUCCAGAACAACCCCUUCGCUAAGGCCUUCCGAGAUGCUGACAUCGCUUCGAUCUUGCAAAAUUCUUACGUGCAUUCUGAGCCCAACGAAUCAACGAUUCCACCGACAUGCCGAGGCGGUUUGAUAUCAUCGAUGAAACCCUGGUCCCAAACAGUCUCAAUGGAAUGGCAGUCUUCCUCCGCCAACUCCCAGAACCAGUUGGACCCCAACGUGGCUGAGUAUUACCCUCCGCUGAACGACGCCCUCUACUGGCGAGGCGGACCCAUCAGAGUUCCCAAGUUCCCAGCCGCACCCUGGAGCUUUGACAGCGUGGCCGCCUUGCGCCCGUCUGGUACCUACGCUCACGCUGCAGACCGCAACGCUGAUGCUAUGAGACAGAGCCGGGGGCCUUCGCAGUACGGGUCACAUCCUGCUAUGACCUUUAAUACGUUGGGCAAAUCGCGGGUGACGUCAUCAGGGAGGCAUCGUCACAGCAUGGGGGAGCUUCAGGACGCCUUCCAGCCGGCCAAAGACGACCGAAGAUUGUCUCAUCCGGAGAUAAGUCUGGAGCGAGCUUCCACGUCCAAGCUGACGCUACCAACAGCGAGCGCUACCUCCAAGUUUUCCGAGUUCAGGCAGGCCGUGAGUGACAACCUGCACCCACUCCGCCGCGUCUCGUCUACCGCCGUGACCCGCGCAGUCAAGCGGCAUUCCCUGCCGUACUUUUCCUCGAAGAAAGUCGUCUACAUUCCGCGGUACGGGUCUGCGGAUAACGCCACCUUUGAGAAGUCCCACGACCAGCACGAGCUCGUCCCUAGACGGCAUUCCAUCGUGGAAGGUCUUCCGAAGUUUUUCAGGGCCUCCACCGGAAACCUACGCAGUAAAAUGGAGGCAGAGCAGCCAGCCAUUUGUGGUCCUCCUGUUGUCUUGUCGCCAACCAGCAAGAUGGCCGGGUUAGCCGCUUCGAGUGGCGACUGCAUGUCGGCGUCUACUUCAACCGUGGCCAGCGCUGAUACUACCGCCUGUGCCUCGUCAUCCAAGUAGGCUACGCUGCAGUUUGUUAUACUAAAAAGCUAAUUGACGAGCCAGAUUGUGUACAACCUGGCUGAGAUCUAGUGCCAAUAAAUCGCAAGUUAAAACCCCCAUAAAGAAGUUUUAGAGGUAAAUCACCAACAACAAUACAUUCCAACACCCAGAUGCGCAAGUUUAGGUAUUAAAUGUUUUACACAGGGCCGAAAAAUGAACGUAUAACACUCGACUCGCUUGACAAUCAUCUUUCUUUCUCUUGUCGUUUACUAAUGUGUCUAUAUACUUUCCUUUUUUAAUGAUAAUUUGCGCGGCAGUGUUUGUUUUAAAUAAUAGUAUCGAUACCCUCUUGUGAAAUUAAGACUGAUUAUAAUCAGACUGAGUGAUUAAUCUGUGUACAAAUGACAAUACCAUGCAAGUGUACAAUCAUGAUCGUUUUUGGUUCCGUUUUUUCCCCGGGUUUUUAUUUUGUUUUAUUUGUUUGGUUGGUUGUUACACCGAUGUAAUUUGCUUCGAAAUAGUUCAAAAUGUUGUUUUUGGGAGUGGAGUACGCGUCAGUUUGCAGAAUCAAAGAAUCCAGACUAGCUUAGUCUGUUUGGAGCACAAGAUUGUGUCACAAAGUGAUUUAUUUUACUUAACAUAAUGAAAACAUUUAUGAAAAUCAUAAUAUAUAGAACACUCCGACUUCUUUGAUAAUGUCGUACAUAUUAUAGUAACGCUACUGUAAUAAUACUAACAUUACAUGUUUUUAUCGGGGAUUGUUAAAAAGUGGAGAAAACUAUUUGAAACAAUAUUUAUUGUUUGUGGGCCUAAACUGAAUUCAGUAAAUGGAGUUUUUAAGAUGGGUUUAUUCUUUAGAUGACACAGUACUUCCUGUAUGUAUUUGUCGCUUGUGAAAUGGUCAUCAAAGUGUAUAAAGAUGUCGACACAAAAUAAAACAUACUCUAAUGAAAAAAAUAUAAUUAUAUGUUCUCAUUGCACUGUUAAAAUUUGAAUGAAAUUUCCCCGUUCACAUAAGAAAAAAAGAAUUAAAAAUUUAUAGUUAGAGUAAAUAAUAGUCAUGACGUAACGAUUGGUUAGGUAUUUGAUACAGUAUGAGCCUAUACACAAAGAAUAAUAAAAAGAUGAAUUAUGUCAACAUUAAGAUGGAUGAAAAUGCAAAAAUUACAAAAUAAAGUAUGCAGAAAGAUGAAUGUAACGUGGAUAAAGCUGUAACGGACUCGAUUUGCACAUGAUCAGCAAAUUAAAAUUGACCUGGCGAUUCGUGAUGGUUUGAUCAAGGCUCUUGAGUCUAAGUUGUGCGAGUUGUGACUUGGUUGUAAUGCGGCUCCAGUUUGGAGUCUCCGGAGCUUUUUGAAAAUGUCAACCGGGUGAAUCGAAAUUGGCAGCAGGAGUAAUAUGUAAUCACUUUGUGUACAUAAGUAAUAAUUAAGCAUAACGUACAAAGUAAAUGGCGCGAAGACAAGCAAACGGCGCCACAGCAAGAACAAAGGCAGACAUGCAGUUGCUUCGAAGAAGUUACAUAUUCAUAUAGUUGUUGGGAAAUGUUGGUUUGUGUACCGUGUUUUUGUUGUUAUAUAAUGUGAGGUGAAUGUGACAACAAUAUCAUGGAAGCUUGCUAAUGUCAUUCAUGAUUUGAGAUACAAUGAAGAAGGAAGAUAUAAAACAACAGGGAAAUAGUCUUUAUUCUCGUUUAAGUGUGUCCCAGCAACUGAGUUAUCAGAGGAAAAAAAUAUAUCAAUGUUUACGAUAACAAUAAUGUGUUUUGCGCAAUUUAUUUUCCUAAGAUCAAACACUGUCGAUGAAAAAAAAUAUGUGCCUUGUACGUACAUGAAUUAUAUACAAAUUCGUUACACACUUUUAGUAAAUGUCGAAGAGACGAAGCCUCAAGAAUGUCAAAAUAUCACCCGUCGCACAGCCUGCCAAAAGUAUCGUUUCGUAGCCACAGCUAAAGGGACAAA